AUGACAGCGGAUUCAGAGGCUAAGGCCGUCGAAAAAAUCGCUCCUGAUGGAGAUGUGGUUUUCAGUCUAGAAAACGGUGCGACAUGUGUUCAAGUAAGCUCAGGCGUUAUGAAAUCUGCCUCUCCAGUCUUCGCCGCCAUGCUUGGACCGAAUUUCAAGGAAGGCCACGCGUUAGCCACCCACCACGCUCAACCAAUCGAGAUCCCGCUACCAGACGAUGAUCCAAAAGGCUUCAUCCUCAUCUGCCGCAUCCUCCACUUUCAACGGGGCUUGAGAGAGCAGGUUCCGACUUUGACGGACUUACUUCAUGUCCGGCCGGUGGCAGACAAAUACGACCUGCUAGAUCCCAUAUCCCUCCGCGUCGAAGCGUGGAUCAAGAAGCUCGUGUCUAAUGUACAUGGCGCUGUUCAUGGGCCACUGCCUCCAAUUUCCUUCCAGACAGGAAGCGAUGUGAUCCAGGCACAAACGGUGUCGGAUGAAGAGAAGGGUUACAGCCUGGACAUUUCUGACACUUUUCUUCUCUUAAUCCUGUGUUAUGAGUUCGGGGCCCAGGAUGAUUUCCGAGUCAUCAGUCAACGCAUCAUGCGGGAGCACAUUGGCUCGUUCAUCACUCUCGCCACCAACACUGAACCCAUAAGUCGAGGAUUGGUCGAUACUGGAACCCUUUACUUGCUCGCAGGCGCGCUACAAACGAAAAGAGCCCAUCUACUUGCGAAGCUUUCGAAUUUUCUCCAGAUGGGGAUGUUCAACCACCUAAUAGAUGAUCCCCACCUUGAACCAGAACACGUGGUCCAAUACUUCGACCUUUUUAAUGGGUACCAUGACGGUGCUUGGGCCAUAUUCGAAGACUCAGACACAGGAGGAUUUUUGUCACUUCAUGAGGUUUUAAUUUGCCUCGCGAAUCUCCGACCGAACGACUUCCCAGAUAUGGAUGAAACAUGUCGAAGUUCCAUUGAAAACCUCCUAAAGACCGAAGUCGAAGAGAUAGGGGAAGACGUAGCGGGUCUUUGCUUGAUUUGCGUUCGGAAAGGCCUUGUUGAAUGUGAUAGCAAUCACGAUGUGACUUCUUCUUGACGGAAGAAUUGGGGAUCCAUGGCUCUGAAAUGCUCAUUUCAUAAUUUCGUCGCUAGAUAUAGAUAUGCGUCACUC